UUGCUUCUCCUCCUCUGACCUCUCCUACUAGUAGUAUUAAACAAUCUGGUCAUUUUCCUUUUACCACUCUGCAAUCAAUCGUUACUCAUUCUCCUCUCUUUUCUCUCUCUCCUCUUCUCUCUCCUGAUUUCGAUCUGAAGAUCGAAGAUGGGAAUCCAUGGCAGCAGCUCAUGGAUCUUCUCUCUCCUCUGCGUUCUUCUCCUCUUCUCACAAGCUCAUUCCUUUUACCUUCCUGGUGUUGCACCUCAAGAUUUCCAAAGGGGAGAUCCCCUUCAAGUUAAGGUCAAUAAACUUUCAUCUACAAAGACCCAGCUCCCUUAUAAUUACUAUUUCUUGAAAUAUUGUAAGCCUCAAAAGAUUGUUAACAGUGCGGAGAACUUGGGAGAAGUUCUUCGUGGUGAUCGUAUAGAGAAUUCCGUGUACACGUUUAAGAUGAGAGAAGAACGGGCAUGUCAGGUCGGUUGCCGUGUAAAACUUGAUGCUGAGGCUGCAAAAAAUUUUAAGGAGAUGAUCAAUGAUGAAUAUCGGGUUAACAUGAUUCUGGACAACCUUCCAGUUGCUGUGAUAAGGCAAAGGAGAGACGCACAAGGCAAGGUCUAUGAGCAUGGGUUUCGUGUAGGAUUCAAAGGAAAGUACUCUGGGACUAAUGAGGAGAAGUACUUUAUCCACAACCAUUUAAUCUUCAAAGUCAUGUACCACAAGGAUCUGGAAACAGAUGUUGCUCGUAUAGUUGGUUUUGAAGUUACUCCUCUCAGUAUUGCUCAUGAGUACAAGGAGUGGAAAGAUCAAGAUACUCAAUUAGCAACUUGCACGAAAAACAUUAUUCAAAGUGGCACCCCGCCACAAGAGGUUGAUGCUGAUAAAGAGGUUGUGUUUACUUAUGAUGUCACAUUUGAGGAGAGUGACAUUAAAUGGGCAUCAAGAUGGGAUACAUAUCUUCUAAUGAAUGAUGAUCAGAUCCAUUGGUUCUCCAUCAUCAACUCCUUGAUGAUCGUCCUUUUCCUCUCUGGAAUGGUUGCCAUGAUCAUGAUGCGAACACUUUACAGAGACAUUGCCAACUAUAACCAAUUGGAGACUCAAGAUGAGGCUCAGGAAGAAACUGGCUGGAAAUUGGUUCAUGGGGAUGCUUUCAGGCCACCUCUAAACUCUAGUCUCUUGUGUGUGUAUGUUGGAACUGGUGUUCAAAUCUUUGGAAUGACCCUAGUCACUAUGAUGUUUGCACUGCUUGGGUUCCUUUCCCCUUCUAACCGUGGUGGGCUAAUGACUGCAAUGGUUCUAUUGUGGGUCUUUAUGGGUUUGUUUGGUGGUUAUUCCUCAGCUCGUUUGUACAAGAUGUUCAAAGGCACUGAGUGGAAAAAGAACACAUUGAAAACUGCCUUCAUGUUCCCUGGAAUACUCUUUGGCAUUUUCUUUGUAUUGAACACCCUGAUAUGGGGGGAGAAAUCUUCAGGGGCUGUGCCUUUUGGAACUAUGCUGGCGUUGAUGCUGUUGUGGUUUGGCAUAUCAGUUCCACUGGUUUUUGUUGGCAGUUAUUUGGGAUUUAAAAAGCCACCGAUGGACGACCCAGUCAAAACAAAUAAAAUCCCUAGGCAAAUACCUGAGCAGGCUUGGUACAUGAAGCCCAUAUUCUCUAUUCUUAUAGGAGGCAUCCUUCCCUUUGGAGCAGUCUUUAUUGAGCUUUUCUUUAUACUGACAUCCAUAUGGCUGAACCAAUUCUACUACAUUUUUGGCUUCCUUUUCAUCGUGUUUGUCAUCUUGAUAAUCACAUGUGCUGAAAUUACCAUAGUGCUCUGCUACUUUCAGUUGUGCAGUGAAGAUUAUCAUUGGUGGUGGAGGGCAUACUUGACAGCUGGUUCCUCUGCCCUCUACUUGUUCUUGUACUCCAUUUUCUAUUUCUUCACAAAGCUGGAAAUUACUAAGCUGGUUUCUGGGAUCCUUUACUUUGGGUAUAUGCUCAUUGGUUCAUAUGCGUUCUUUGUACUGACCGGCACAAUUGGCUUUUAUGCGUGCUUCUGGUUUGUCAGAAAGAUCUACUCAUCUGUGAAGAUUGACUAAUCAUUGCAACAAGGCGAGUUUUUUCGGGUUCUAGUGAGUGAAUUCUCAGUGGUAUUCACCUCCAAACUGCAGAAGAACGAGUUAGGAAGAUUUUUUGAUGUAGAUGUGUAUGUUCUUCAAGGUCAGCUGAACUGUGGAGCUUCAGCCAUGCAGAAAAAGAUAUCAUUUUGCAGGUGCUAGUGUAGGUCAUGCUGUGUACUAAUGUGCUUUCAGAAUAUUACUUCUCAUAGUAUUGUGACUGGAUCACACUUUUAAUACACCAUACUGCAAUGUUUUCCUUAA